UGAGCGCAGUAAUUAGAGAGCAGGUGCGUGUGUGUCACUACAUCGCGAAGUCUGUUUUAAAAGAUGAAUUUCUGUAUUUAUAUAGUUUCUUCUUCUUCUGCUUGUCCAGCCUCUGCGCAACGUCUAUGGUCAGGAGCCGCGACCUGCCGAGAGGAUGACGGACUCCUCACCGCCGGACCCGCACACGACUGAGGCGGGGGACGAGCAGGAGGAGCCGCAGCAGCAGCAGCAGCAGGAGCAGGAGCAGGAGCAGGACCAGGAGCAGGACCAGGAGCAGGACCAGGACCAGGACCAGGAGCAGGACCAGGACCAGGACCAGGACCAGGAGCAGCAGCCCGACACACACAGUCAGGGAGAGCGGUUGAAGAUGGACCAGGAGAUGAAGAUCACAGACAGCAUCGACGACCGAGGUCUUCUGGAGAGCAGCAUGCGCCUGAAGCCUCACGAAGCGCAGAGCUACCGCAAGAAAGCCCUGUGGGUGUCCUGGGUGUCCAUCAUGAUCACUAUAGUCCUGGCCAUCGCGGCUUUCACUGUUUCCAUCAUGCGUCACAGCGCUUCAGCUUUCGGAUUUGCUUUCGAUGCCACGCUGGACGUGUUGUCCUCCGUCAUCGUGUUGUGGCGCUACAGCAACGCUGCAGCUGUUCACUCUGCUCACAGAGAAUACAUAGCCUGCGUCAUUCUGGGGGUGAUUUUCAUCCUGUCGUCCCUGUGCAUUCUGGGUAAGGCCAUCCACGACCUGGCCACCAAGCUGCUUCCUGAAGUGGACGACUUCCUGUUCAGCGUGUCCAUCGUCAGCGGCCUCCUCUGCAUCGCCCUGGCCGUGAUCAAGUUCAUGCUGGGGAGGGUGCUCACGAGCCGCGCCCUCAUCACCGACGGAUUCAACUCUCUGGUGGGCGGAGUCAUGGGCUUCUCCAUCCUCAUCAGUGCUGAGGUGUUCAAGCACGAGCCCCAGGUGUGGUACCUGGACGGGACCGCCGGCGUCCUCAUCGGCCUCAUCAUCCUCGCCUACGGGGUCAAGCUGCUGCUGGACAUGGUUCCACGGGUCCGACAAACCAGGAACUAUGAGCGUUUUGAGUGAUGAGGGGCGGAAGGAAGGACGGAGGGCGGGUGGGGACUGACGGACAGGAAGUGUGUGUGUGUGGGUGACGUCCCCCACACAGACGGUCACAUUCAGGCCUGGAGGCGUCAGUGGCCUGAGGAUCCAGACGGACGGCCACUGUGUGUGGGGGGGGGGGGGAUCAAACUCUCGGCACCUUUUUAAAUGUUUUAAAGAAAUCAGCUGUACAUCAAAUAUGUGUUUCUGUCUCUGACCAGUGAACAGGACGGUGCGUUGUUUCACGCCUCCACGUUGAGCAGGAGGACAAAGAUGAUAUAUGGACCCAGCGUUUCCAUAGUUGAUGUUCAAUACCUCAGUGACCCCUCAUCGCCCCGUCCACUCGCGUUUAUCUCCCAUGGUUCCUAGAGGCCUUCGCGAUGUAGCAGAGCAGCGUUUAGUUUAGUGAACAUGUUUAUAAGUAUUAAUGUGGACUGUUGUGGUCGGAGCAUCAGUUUACAGUCGCGACGUGACUUCCUCCAGCUACAAACAUGUAACACAGGAGAAACAAGUACAGGUCAUUGGUCCGUUCACCUCUGGCGCCAUCUGCUGACCAGUUCCUGAGACUAGAGACAUUUAAGAGAUUAGAGGUGAAGGUUUGUUUGUUUCAGCAGGAAGUUUAUCAGAUACAACUUUUGUGUCAUGGAUCUUUUGUCCAGCGUGAAAUUCCUCAUCUGAAACGACCCAGCAGAGUUUACCUGUGACGUCCGUCCCGCUCAAGCACAUCCUCACCUUUACUGUGGGUGACUCGUCCAUGUCCCACUGUCCAUGUCAGUCGAGAUUAAUCCUCUGGGUCUAGUUUGAUCAUUUAACCUCCUUAGAUUUCCAGAUGUGGCCUUUAGUCUCGUCUGUUACCUUCUAUGUCCGACUCGUCCAGUUGUGGGUUUGUCUCUUGGUUCCAGAGGUGAACAUGAGUAACCUGCCACACGUGUCUAUAUAUAAUAUAUAUAUAUAUAUAAUCUCAUUUAGAUUAGGAGACUAUAGUGAGGACUGGACAUUAGUGUGAUGAAAGUAAUUUGAGUCGCUGCCUGACCAACGUCCAUGACCAAAACCUUGUCUCUGUAAUAAACUCUGCGCUGAGAUUUUUAAUUUUCAUACUUUCUGUGAAAUAUUUCAAUUAACUGAAGGAUUCCACUUUCCAGCAACCGUCGAAUCGACUCAUCAAAGACGUGACGACGAGUUCCUGAGCCCCGUUGAUUCUGCAUCUGUACAGUUAGUGAUCGUCGUGAGCGAUGAUCACGUUCUUGGCGAGUCAAUAUUUAUCUUUUCGAUAUUGUGUCAAGCGUCGAUGUGUCUUUUGUCUUAUCUGGAGCUUCUGUUUGCUUUGGGAUGUUAAAUGGCAAAACUCCUAAUCUCUCUGUGGAAUUAAAUAUGGUGACGUGACGUAUCAACAUGGUGAUAAAAGAUGACUCAUGUUAAUGAUGAGAAGCGUUAAGAUUUAGUUCAGGUGUUAAGAUGUUUGCCAUCAAAAGACAAAGAUGGUUAUUAAUGAUGAAAAUGCUCUUUGUAUGUCAACAUUCUGGUCCAUUGAAUUAAAAAUCUGAGUUAGAAUAAAGAUUUUCUGAACUCUAAAGAAAAAAUGGACCCAGUGUCUCUUUAUUUUGACCUAACAUUUUGAGAAUAAAUUAGAAAUAUCAAAGGUUGAAAUGUGGAGAAUAAAGUUGAAACUUUUAUUUUGCACAUUGAAAAUAAAGUAUCACUCCUGAUGCUCUAACUUGUUUGACCAGAGGAGUCGACUUGGUUCUCAAUAUUUCAACCUCAUUCAUGACAUUAAAAAAACAAACUUUAACUCUUCAAAUGUUCUGUGAAGUCUGACUGAUAUUUUUUUUUAUUUAUGAUGUGGCAGAAACGUUUCCAUACAAAGAUGCAUUUAGAAAAAAAUAGAACUGUUGACCUGACUUUCGUUGACACCAGUUAAAAUGUAUAUACAAUUGUCACGUGAGUUUAAACAGUAUUACACAGAGGAGGCUGUUAUUUAUGUAAAUUAUGGAAUAAUAUCUUAAAAUCUCUCACUCCGUCCUCACAGCUGUUUUCCUUCAUCGUUCCGGAUCAGACUUUGGCGACUGACUGUAAUAAUCGCGGGGAGUGUCAGCAGCUGUUGGACGUUGUCACGGUAACCAUGUGUUUCGCUGCAGUGACUGAAUGUUCACACUGUAAAUACAGUAUGUGACCGCGGUGUUCAGAUGAAUCACAUGUAAAGUCUUUUAUCUGAAUGUAGAAGCUUACGGAGUCACAUUGGUGUCCAAAGUUGUGAGCACAGCAAAAUAUUUUUUACAUAAAUGCAUAAAUCAUAGUUUGUAUAUAUAGAUUAUAUUAACAAUAACUCAAGACUGAUAAUGUCUCUACAAAAAAAAAUUGAUCCGUUUGCAAAGAAAUACUUCUUGUGCUCAGUUGAUGUGUUUAUACACUGUACUUCCCUGUGCCAGUGUGAAAACUGUAUGUGGAACAAGUGAGUCGAAGACGUUUGUCACAGAAAAAAGGUUUAUUUAAAAAUAAAGUUAUAUCCCUCUUUACUCAUCAAGGACUGUGAAAACAAAAAGAAACCGUCACUGCGUCGUUCACCUCUUUCGUCAGAAACCGCCGACUGAUGCGUGUCUGUUGAGAAGCAGAUUUACAACAAAGACGGAGAUAUGAUGAUCGGUCCGCUCAGCAGUUGAUUUCUCUUGAAAAGCAAACGGCUGAUAACGUGAUCGACAGCGUGUUCGGAACAACAGAAAGAACAUAAGGCAACCAAACAGGUUCAACUGUCAGCUGCUCUGCGGAGAAGAGACGACUUCAGACUCGGAACCCGUUCAAAGACCAAACCAAAGAGCUGCGAGUGUUUUUCCUGCCAGCUCACAUGAGAAAAAUCUCAGCUUUAGAAAUGAGAUCAUUUUGUUCCUAUCAGGUUUUUAAAGAGGGAAAAUCUUCAGUAGGAAGCUUGUUGGUUUCGGUCUUUUCAUGGGAUCUGCUGAUAAAAACAUUUGUCGCACCGUCGCUGUGAAACUCGAACGAUGAGUCAGAAAACAUCUGUCGUGUGUCGCGUCACAGACCGGACAUGUUUCUGAAAUCACAAUAUUGCUGGAAUGGGGAAAAUAUAAAUCCACUAACAAUUAACACCGUUUCUCAGUGAAAUCAGUCGGUGUGGUUUUACUAAAUAAAUUAGACGGUUUGGGUCGAGGACGUUUCCUCAUCUUAAGUGAAAAAUAAACGGAAUUAAAAUAAUUUCAGGGAAAAUAAAAUGAUUCUCUGCGGAGAGAAAAAGUUUGUGUCGUUGGAUUUAACGUGACGGGACAAAGAAGCAGAAACAAACUGAAC